CUGGCCAAACACCUGCCUGGGGUGACUGACCCAUCAUCUAUUUGAAUUGGGUGACUGACUGGGCAGCUGUCGGUGGUGCUGAUCCAUUUUGGGAGUCACGGUCUGCUUGGGGUUAAAAUGUGAUGACGGACUGACUGACGGAGGUAAUUGGGGGUCUGACAAGACGGAGAAUCCCCCGUACGACUGGCUGACAACGUGAUUGGCUACCAGCGUGACAGACAGACCGGCGAACGGGCAGGGCCUUCGGCACCCUCAGCUACCGCCGCCGCCGCCCAGACGCACUCUGGGAAAGCGCGGCGAGCACCCGCCUCCGGGACCGAGCCGUGGAGCGGGGAGGGGUCCGGUCACGGCUCGCCGGUUGGUCCUCGCCGGUGCUGCUGGCGGCGAUGCGCGGCCAAUAGGCUGUGCGUUCCCGGCCACGCCCGCGCGAGCUCUCUUCUCGCGAGGCCGGCUAGGCCCGAAUGUCGUUAGCCGUGGGGAAAGAUGGCGGAAAAUUUAAAAGCUGUGAGGAGUCUGCGAUCCACAAGUGGGAGGCGGACCUGUGCGGGACAGCAGAACCCAGCUGUGGUCAGCGCCUGGCGCCCCUGGCAGGAGAUGUUAGCUGGGACCACUUGCGGUUGCAGUGUGUGUUGCAAGUCUUCUUGGAAUCAGCUGCAGGACCUGUGCCGCCUGGCCAAGCUCUCCUGUCCUGCCCUGGGCAUCUCUAAGAGAAACCUCUAUGACUUUGAAGUCGAGUACCUGUGUGAUUACAAGAAGAUUCGAGAACAAGAAUACUACCUGGUAAAAUGGCGCGGGUACCCGGACUCUGAGAGCACCUGGGAGCCCCGACAGAACCUCAAGUGUGUGCGCAUCCUCAAGCAGUUCCACAAGGACUUGGAGAGGGAGCUGCUGCGGCGGCAUCAGCGCUCAAAGCCACCCCGGCAUCUGGACCCAAGCUUGGCCAGCUACCUGGUACAGAAAGCCAAGCAGAGACGGGCACUUCAGCGCUGGGAGCAGGAGCUCAAUGCCAAGCGCAGCCACCUGGGACGCAUCACGGUGGAGAAUGAGGUGGACCUCGAUGGCCCCCCGCGGGCCUUUGUGUAUAUCAACGAGUACCGUGUUGGGGAGGGCAUCACCCUCAACCAGGUAGCCGUGGGCUGUGAGUGCCAGGACUGUCUGUGGGCACCCACUGGUGGCUGCUGCCCUGGGGCAUCACUGCACAAAUUUGCCUACAAUGACCAGGGCCAGGUGCGGCUGCGAGCUGGGCUGCCCAUCUAUGAGUGCAACUCCCGCUGCCGCUGUGGCUAUGACUGCCCAAACCGCGUGGUGCAGAAGGGCAUCCGCUAUGACCUCUGCAUCUUCCGCACAGACGAUGGGCGUGGCUGGGGCGUACGCACGCUGGAGAAGAUCCGCAAGAACAGCUUCGUCAUGGAGUACGUGGGAGAGAUCAUUACCUCAGAGGAGGCAGAGCGGCGGGGCCAGAUCUACGACCGCCAGGGCGCCACCUACCUCUUCGACCUGGACUACGUGGAGGAUGUAUAUACCGUGGAUGCUGCCUAUUAUGGCAACAUCUCCCACUUCGUCAACCAUAGUUGUGACCCCAACCUGCAGGUGUACAACGUCUUCAUAGACAACCUCGAUGAACGGCUUCCCCGCAUCGCUUUCUUUGCCACAAGAACCAUCCGGGCAGGCGAGGAACUCACGUUUGAUUACAACAUGCAAGUGGACCCCGUGGACAUGGAGAGUACCCGCAUGGACUCCAACUUCGGCCUGGCUGGGCUCCCUGGCUCCCCGAAGAAGCGAGUCCGUAUUGAAUGCAAGUGUGGAACUGAAUCCUGCCGCAAAUACCUCUUCUAGCCCUUGGAAGUCUGCGGCCAGACUGCCAGAGGCCUAAAGCUGUCUGCUCCUUGCCCACUGCUGCCCUUCCUGGCAGUGGGGAACAUCUGCCAGGGCUUUGCCUGCCUCCACCUGUCCCCCACCUCCUGCCACCUGCUCUAGGGGUGGGCCUACAGGGAGAACUGACUCCAGGAGUCCCCUUUCCCUGGCCCAAUCCCAUCUGUGGGUUGCACUUAAAAGCCCCUGCCCACCUCCAGAAGUCAAUUUUUGACGGCAGGGCUUUCUGCAGUCGGGAUUUGUGGGAACCACUGGAGGUCUGAGGGGGUAAGCUGCAACCCAGCUUUCCUCUCCCCCUAGAAAAGCUGUUUGUUUUUGCACCUGCUUCUGUCUGAAGGCUGAGGCAUCUGUUGUAGGCCUCCCCCCUAGAGCCCCCGGGCAGCCCUCCUCCCCAGUGUGUUCGCACGUGGGAGCCCCAAGCUCCCAGCCUGUCAUGAAGCUGCUUCCUCGCUGCUGCCGCCGCCGCCACCACUGCAGAAGCUAUCCCUAAUGAAAGAAGGGGGGACUCGUUCCGUUUCCCACACUGCCACGUGUUGCCCCAGAGAGCUAGCUGUACAGGGGCCAUGCAGCUUGAAACGUGGACCUCCUCCACACAUACACAC